GAUCCGUACUGAACCAGACUACACCCUGGUAAACCCUACUGAUCUGUCCCGAACCAGACUACACUCUGGUAAACUGUACUGAUCUGUACUGAACCAGACUACACCUUGGUAAACUGUACUGAUUCAUCUUUAACCAGAUUACACCCUGGUAAACCGUACUGAUCCAUAUUGAACUAGACUACACCCUGGUAAACCGGACUGAUCCGUAUUGAACCAGAUUACACCCUGGAAAACCGCAUUGAUCCGUAUUUAACCGGACUACACUCUGGUAAACCCUACUGAUCUGUAUUGAACCAGACUACACUUUGGUAAACCCUACUGAUCCGUACUGAACCGGACUACACCCUGGUAAACCGGACUGAUCCGUAUUGAUUCAGACUACACUCUGGUAAACCGGACUGAUCCGUACUGAACCAGACUACACCCUGGUAAACCCUACUGAUCUGUCCUGAACCAGACUACACUCUGGUAAACUGUACUGAUCUGUACUGAACCAGACUACACUCUGGUAAACCGGACGGAUUCGCACUGAACCAGACUACACCCUGGUAAACCAGACUGAUCUGUAUUGAACCAGAUUACACCCUGGUAAACCAUAUUGAUUCAUAUUGAACCAGAAUACACUCUGGUUAACCCUACUGAUCUGUACUGAACCAGACUACACCCUGGUAAAUCGGACUGAUCUGUAUUGAGCCGGACUACACUCUGGUAAUCUGUACUGAACCAGACUACAAUCUGGUAAACCAGCCGGAUUCGCACUGAACCAGACUACACCCUGGUAAACCAGACUGAUCCUUAUUGAACCAGAUUACACCCUGGUAAACUGUAUUGAUUCAUAUUGAACCAGACUACACUCUGGUUAACCCUACUGAUCUGUACUGAACCAGACUACACCCUGGUAAAUCGGACUGAUCUGUAUUGAGCCGGACUACACUCUGGUAAACCCUACUGAUUCGUACUGAACCAGACUACACUUUGGUAAACCGGACUGACCCGUGCUGUUCUAUGCUGGACUGUAUGAAGCAAUGCUACACUAUGAUAUCUCUUUUGAUCUAUACGCUGUUCUCUAACAGGUAGUGUUUUCUAUCUGCUUUUAGUAUUGAUUCAGUUUCUGAUUGUUUGAUUUUUCAUUGUGUUUUUGGUUUUCUUUAAAUAUACAGAAUCAUGUGAUGAUGUUUGAGAUUUCAGGGAUAUUUAUUGAAUAAAGGCUCAAGUCUGUGAGUUUAACUUUAUAUAAAUUGGGGCUGUCAAAAGAUUCAUCACAAUUAAUUUCAUACAGUUUAAAAGUUGUGAAUAAAUGUUAAUUUAUUUUGUGACAAAAUGAAUGAAGUGCUGAUAACUGAGAGAAACUAGAAGUGUUUAGAUCAACAGUGCUUACUAUUGAUCUUAACUAGCAGGACAUACAGUAGAUUUAUAUUGAGUUUGAUCUAGACUGAAACGUUUUCAGCUGGUUCACUCAUUUUAGUCUUUUUCUUACUUAUUUCUUAGAAACGUUUCAUAAAUAUUUUGAAUUCAGAACAUUACGGUAAAACAAUCAUUACACUUUUAUUUUUACUGUAUGUGUCAUUGUGAUUUCCAAAAAGAAUGAUUGUCUUAUUGUCAUAUAUUCUGUCAUUUUAUGAUGUUGACAGUAAGUCAAUCAUUUACAGAGAUAUAUCACAACAUUAUUAAUACACCAUGUUUGUGUGUAUGAGAGAGAGAGAGAGAGAGAGAGGAAGUGGAGUUUUUACUGUUUCCAGUAGAUGAAUAAACCCACAUGAGUGACUUACACACUGGAGAAACUAACAUCUGCUCAUAUGAGGGAUGCUAGAUGUUUGUUUGCCAGGUGUCUUGGAUACAGCAUGGGUUAGUUAAAAACACAACAGGUUAGAUGAGUCACAUCCUCCUGUAAACUCAAUGAAGACGCCAUCAACACAAUGCUUCUCUUCAGGAUUGAACUUUAUUCAGAGGAAGUGAAUUUGUUGUUGUCAUUGUAAAAACACGAGUCAGGGUGUCAUGCCUUACCUCGUCCACACAGCUCAUGCUCAGUUCGUGGCUCUUUGGCUGAGUACGGUUGGCUGGAUUCUCAUCAUAGUGACUAUGGGAAUGGUGGAGUGGAGGGUUUGGGAAGUAUCCGACCUGUCCGUCAUAUCCUCCGGUCUGGCCUGGGUGGGUGUUUGGAGAGUGUGUUUUUAUAGUCAUGCUUUAAUCUUAUCAGGAAAUGAAGUCAUGUUUUGUCAGAAGAUUGGUCCGUUUGAAUCUUUCACGCCACCUGAGAUCAUUGCCGCUCAGGUGCUCAUGUUAGUGGCUGUGAUUUUGGGGCUUAUGGGUAAUGCCAGCGUGGUUUACGGUCUCAGGAACAUUUAUUUUGGAUUGGGUAAAUUUAAGCCCAUCAGAUUGGCUCUUUGUGCCGGUGGUGCUCUUCACGUCCUCACUGGAGUUUCUUCUCUCGUACCAGUUUUCUGGAAUCUCAGUUCUGUUGUAAACAACCAGACUAUCAUUUUCCCCCCAACGUUUCUCAUGCCUCCUGCCCCUGAAAACCAGUACAUCGGACCAGGAAUCGCUAUUGGGAUUUUGGCGUCUUUCCUGGUGGUUUGUAGUGGGCUGAUCUUUCUGUCCUACAGGAUUCCGGUUGGGUCCACUUGUGUCCAGAAAGUGAAACCAGAGGACGAACACAGACGUCACAUGAGCAAUAAGGGAACGGACAAUCCAGCUUUUACGAGAAGAGAUGAGUGACUAAACUGUUUAAUGCUGUUAAAUAUUUCAUAUAAAAUAUCAUGUUAAGUGUAAGGUUGAUUUAAAGCUAACCUGAGUAUCAUAUAUAUGUGUUGUGAUGGAUCUGAGAUGUGUGCAUGUUUAUCCUGUAGGAGACGGUCAGGUAUUAAGAUGCUCUGUCAGAUUUCAGGCCCCUGGAGGCCUUUGUAAAAAAACAACAUGAAAAGCAUUACUGUACAAACAAAAAACCUCUUC